AUGAAGCUCUCUUUCGUUCUUUGCGCUGUUACCUCCUUCCUUGGCGCUGCCAACGCCGUGGCCUUCGCAAACGCUGCCCCAGCUGCCCAGCCUGAGGUCAUCGAUAUCUCUGAAAUGAAGCUUCGUUUGCGUGGCACAAGCCCUCCCCCUCCUUCUCCUUCCAAGCGCGAGUACGAAGAGGGUGACGUUGAAGAGAAUAGCGAGUAA